AUGUUCUUCUUCUUCUUCCUAGGUCUUCGCUGUGAUGAAACGGCUGGCCGGCCUGCAGCUCCCAGACAGCCAGCGUUUAAGGCAUCACCACAACCGCCAUCUCUAGGUAGCAUCCCAGGCAUUAUUGUAUAUCAGAGAUCUUCUUCCUCUCUUUAUUAUCAUUAUCAUCAUCAUCUUCUUCUUCUUCUUCUUCUACAGGGCUCUGCUUCUUCAUCUUCCGGCCUUAUGUUCUUCCGCAGCUUCACCAAAAGCAAAGAAAAAGCCAGGAACACAAAAAAAAACCGCCUUCUUUUCUUCUUUUCUUCUUUUCUUCUUCUACUUCUUCUUCUUCUUCUUCCGCUGCUCAGCCAGACAGGACAGUCUCAGUCUCUCUCUUCCUCUCCCUCAUCCUCUCAUCCUCUCAUCCUCAGCCCUUCUUUCAUCUUCUCCCUGAGAUGUCUCUCGCCGCUCGCUUCUGACCCGUCCCUGUCUCUCUGUCCGGCUCAGCUCCAGCCUACCACGUCACCGAUCAACCGCCCUCCCAAGAAGCCUCUCCCUCUCCCGGCCUGA